AUGAUGGAAAGUACAGCAAUCGAGAAUUGCACGCUUAAAGUAGAAGGCAUGACAUGUAGCUCUUGUGUACAGAGUAUCGAGAGUUAUAUAGGGAAAUUACAAGGGGUUGAAUCCAUUCAAGUCGCGCUGUUAUCAGAAAAGGCAACUAUAAAUUAUAUCAAAGAUUACUGGGAUCCUGAAAAGCUCGCUAACGAAAUAGGAGAAAUGGGAUUUGAAGCAACAGCUUUGACUAAUUUAAACUCAAAGUCCGUUAUUGAUAUCUCCAUUUAUGGCAUGACGUGCUCUUCGUGCACUUCAUCAAUACAAUCAGCUUUAUCAAAUUUAGAUGGCGUUAUCUCGUCAGAUAUUUCAUUACCAAUGGAAUUCGCUAGAGUUCAUUAUAAUGCUGAUCAAAUUGGCGUUAGAGAUAUCGUUGAAGCCAUCCAGGAUGCGGGUUUCGAUUCAAUGAUCCGUGAUGACAGGAAUGAUAGUCAAUUAAAAUCCUUAUCUAGAAUCAAGGAAGUUAAUCAAUGGAAAGACGCUCUGAAGUAUUCCUCCACAUUCGCUAUACCCGUCUUCCUAAUUGGAAUGCUUUUACCAAUGAUACCUUCAGUUAAACCUUUUGUUAUCUUCAACUUAUGGCGUGGAUUGACAAUUGGUGAUCUUAUCUGUCUAGUCUUAACAAUUCCAGUUCAAUUUGGAAUCGGUAAACUCUUCUAUAAGCCGGCUUAUAAAAGUUUACUUCACAAAUCAGCCACAAUGGACGUUUUAGUUGUUUUUGGUACAACAGCUGCUUUUGUUUAUAGUGCAGGUGUUAUGGUAUCAAGCGUUUUCACUUGGUCUAGUGAUAGCGUAAUACCUCAAACGUUUUUUGAUACAUCAACAAUGUUGAUUACGUUUGUCACGCUUGGUAGAUACUUGGAGAAUCUAGCAAAGGGUAAAACUAGUACAGCUUUAUCAGAUUUAUUACAAUUGGCUCCAAGUUCAGCUGUUAUUUACACAAAUUAUGAUGAAUCAAACCAAGAUCAAGUACAUUUCGACGAAAAAAAGAUACCAACGGAAUUGUUACAAAAGGGUGACAUAGUUAAGUUGGUACCUGGAGAGAGAUUACCUGCAGACGGUUGUGUUUGUAAAGGUACUUCAUUAAUUGAUGAAAGUAUGAUUACAGGUGAACCCAUACCGGUACCCAAAUCAAAAGGGGAUGUUGUUACCGGUGGUACAAUGAACAUAAAUGGAUCUAUUGAUGUUUGUGUUACAAGAUCAGGUACAGAUACGGCAUUAUCGCAAAUAGUAAAGUUGGUUGAAGAUGCUCAAACUUCUAAAGCCCCUAUUCAAGCAUUUGCCGAUAGAAUUGCUGGCUACUUUGUGCCAACGGUUAUUUUACUUGGAUUAUUAACAUUCUCGGUCUGGAUGAUACUUUCUUAUUUGAUUAUACCAAAAUCCUCUUUACCUCACAUAUUCAAUCAAAUUGGUGUUAGUAGAUUUGCAGUUUGUUUGAAACUUUGCAUUUCAGUUAUUGUUGUCGCAUGUCCAUGCGCUUUAGGAUUAUCAACACCAACUGCUGUAAUGGUUGGUACAGGUGUUGGUGCUCAGAAUGGAAUUUUGAUAAAAGGUGGUCAAGCAUUAGAGCAAGCCAGCAAAAUUAGAAGAAUAGUUUGGGAUAAGACUGGUACAAUAACUGAAGGGAACAUUAACGUUACUUCUGUUGCAUGGAAUGAUGAUGCAUUCAGAGGUGGUUAUCAUUCAUUAGGUUUCAAAAAAGAGCAAGUGAUGAAGAUUAUAUCGAUUGUGGAAUCAAAGAGUGAGCACCCACUGGGUCAAGCAAUUAUGAAUCAUUUCAACAAUAAAGUUAUCGUUGAUAAUAAUAAUGACGAUGUCUAUUCAAUCAAGAGCUGGUUAUCACAUACAGGUAAAGGUGUUGAAUCAGAAGUAUCCUUGUUAUUAUCCGAUAAGUCUUCAAUUGAUUUGCAAGUCGAAAUUGGUAAUCAAACAAUACUGCAUAAAGGAAUAAAAGAGCCAAAGGACCUGGAACAGUUUAGGAAUAUAAAUUCAGAAAAAGGCUUUACAAUAGUAUAUGUGACUAUUCAAUCAGAACCAAUAGUGGUAAUCGCACUUGGCGAUGAAAUUAAGUCAAAUGUUAGAGAAACAAUUAGGUCGUUAUCGAAUAUCUCAAUCGAAAGCUACCUGAUGACUGGUGAUCAAAUGAACACCGCUUUGUCAAUAGCAGAAAAAGCUUUUAUAGCAAAAAAUAGAGUAUUUGCAGGUGUUAGUCCGAAAGGAAAGCGAGAAAGGGUGAUUACAAUGAUUGAUGAUAAUGAUGGAGGUGUAGCAAUGGUGGGAGAUGGAAUAAAUGAUUCACCUGCACUUGCUGCAGCAUCCGUGGGAAUAGCUUUGGCUUCUGGAUCAUCUAUUGCAAUUGAAGCAGCAGAUAUAGUAUUGAUGAGGCAAGGAGAAAUCAAGGAUGUUUAUAACUCAAUCAAGUUAUCAAAAGCGAUAAUGAAGAAGAUAAAGAUGAACUUCUUCUAUGGGAAUGUUCUUGCCUUGGAAUAUUCAUUUACAUCCGAUGAUGGCAGGGUUGGCGAUGGCGUGUUCGUCAGUUUCAGUUGUCGUAAACAGCCUAACGUUGAAGCUGUGGAGGAAGCCAAGAUUCGAAGAAGGAGAGAGGAUCACAAACAAGAUGAAGAAUGA